AUGGUUUCUCUAUUGGAUAUGAUGAAGAGCCUUUGUGCUGCAUUUAGCUCACAGGAUUAUGAAAGUUGCAGUAAAUUGUUGACGCCGAUUAAAGUUGAAUUAAUCAAGAAUAAUUUACUCAUCCCCAAUUUACAGAGCCAGAGCGAGGCAUACAUUAAUGAUCUAGUUAUAGCAAGGAAAUUUCUGGAGAUUGGCGCUUUAGUGAGUAUUUAUUUGCUAGAUUUCGACUCUUUCCAAAGUUUCUUCGUUCAAGCUAGAGUCUACUACUUUUGUUCCAACCCCAAAUUAUCUGAAUCUGAGAACAAGUCAAAGCUCAUAAGUCUCUACCUUUUAGUGCUAUUGUCCAAGGGGGAGAUAACGAAAUUUCACUCACAAUUGGAAUACUUGAGCAGAAAUAUUGGAAAUUUCGAGGAAGAUGAGUUACUGUCAUACCCAAUAAAGGUGGAAAAGCUCCUAAUGGAAGGCUCCUAUAGAAAGGCAUUUGAUUUGCUAGAGUUUGGUAGCAAAGUACCUGAGUUUGACGUCUUUACCGAAACAUUGACGAACGCGAUCAGGGAAGAAAUUGCACGCAAUACAGAGAUGGCAUAUGAAAGACUACCUUUGAUAAGCGUGAACGCUUUAUUGUUCUUCAAUAAUGAUAAGGAAUCUGAAAAAUUUGCAUUGGAAAGAGGUUGGAAAGUAGAGCACGGUUCAGUAAUAUUCCAGGAAGAAGAUGUCGCAGAGAUGGAAGUCGAUAAGCCCUCUUUAAUUGAGAAAAGUUUGAAUUAUGCAAUCAACUUGGAAACCAUUGUUUAG